AUGCCGGAAACCAUGCGUGCAGUUGAUAUCAAAAAUGAAAAAGGUCACGCUGAUGCCCUCUACAUAAAUGACUCCACUCCAAAACCUACCGCUUCAUCCGGCGAAGCCAUCGUAAAAGUGAAAGCUUUCGGGCUUAACCGCAUGGAUCUCCUCCAACGCGAAGGUCACUAUCCUGUUCCACCGCAAGCUCCCGAAACCCUCGGUGUGGAAUUCUCCGGUACAAUCGAAAGUCUCGGUGCAGAUGUCAAAGAAGGGUUUAGUGUUGGAGAUGAGGUUUUUGGUUUGGCCUAUGGCGGUGCUUACGCGGAGUUUAUUGCUGUGAGCACGCAUAUGCUUUUGAAGAAACCGGAUCAUUUGAGUUGGGAAGAGGCUGCUGGAAUUCCUGAGACAUGGAUAACCGCUACCCAAGCCAUGUACUUAGUCGGUGAAUUUUCCAAAGGAAAAUCCAUCCUCUGGCACGCAGGAGCCUCGUCCGUCUCUAUAGCUGGUAUUCAACUCGCAAAGAACUCUGGCGCGUCAGCGAUUUACGCGACAGCCGGUUCGCAAGAAAAGAUUGAUUUCUGCGUGAAUACACUAGGAGCCACUGCAGGCUUCAAUUACAAAACGCAAGACUGGGCGAAAGAAAUCCUCGCUGCAACUGAUGGCAAGGGUGUAGAUGUCAUAAUCGAUUUCGUAGGUGCAAACUAUUUCCAAGGAAAUCUCAACGUAGCGGCGAGAGAUGCGAGAAUCGUGCAAUUGGGAGUGAUGAGCGGAACGAAAUUACCAAGUGGAGUUGAUAUUAGUGCGUUUAUAUUCAAGAGGGUAAGGUUUGAGGGAAGUACUUUGAGGAGUAGAGAUGUGGAUUAUCAGGGUAAAUUGAGGGACAAGUUAGAGGAGUAUAUUCCAAGGUUUCAGGAUGGGACGUUUAAGAUAUUCGUGGAUAAGGUUUUCCCUUGGGAGCAGGUGAUUGAGGCACAUAAGGAGAUGGAGAAAAACACUAGUAAGGGUAAAAUUAUUUGUACGAUUUCAUAG